CAGCCGCCGCUUCUGCCUCCGCCGCCUUUCACCUCGCUCGACGCAGCCACCUCUUAGUCUCGCCUUCGCCGAACACAUUCCGUUACUGAGCUCAGUUUGGUUGUGACUUUUGUUGUUUCCCGGCGGACCAUCUUCGACUUGGAGGUGCGGUGCGUACAUGGAUCAAGUGUCAGCGGCAGCGUCUUUACAAGAGCAAAGGGCAGCGUCAAGUUUUUUGUGCGCAGGGUGGUGAGUAGAGAAGAAGAAAGCGACGAGCAAGGAUGCCAAAGCGGCGGUCCGGUGAGCGUGACGGUGGCCUUACUGCAAAGCGUCGGCGGCAGCACCUUUACCUUGUGGUUGAUGACUGGUUGUGGGGACACAGCAUCCGCAAGGUAGAUCUGUCUUCCGGCUCUAAGUCCGGCAACAGCGCGGAGCUGCCGGAUGCCUUCUCAGGCGAACGCUCCGAGCAGCAACUGCCUCCGCCUUUCUUCCGCUUAGAGGCUGAGCCCCGGUUUCCGGAAUACAUCACGGCUGCCUUUGGCACAAAGAUCAUUGCCAUGCCUCCUCCCAAGAUGGGCGUGCCGGGGAUUCAUCCCCUGAUGAAGUGUGGCAUAGCCUCCGUCGUCGACGUCCGCACAAGGUGCUUCACCUUCGGCCCUCAGCCCAAGGUGGAUCUGCUCUGCCCCAUUUACUUCCCCUUGGGGGACAGGUUGUUCGUUCUGUGCUCCGAUUCCUUUCAGGUGCUUGAGGCGCAUCCAGUACAAGAGCCUCCAGUCGGGCCGUGCUGGGCGGGUUCGUGGCGCCAGCUUCCCAAGCCUCCCUUGGAGCUCGACGAUGUCUCCUCCUAUGCUGUGCACCCCGAUGGAAGGACCCUCUUCGUCAGCGCCAGGUGGCACUUGCCCUCUUUUGUCACCUACACUUUCGACACGGUGGAGACGCCCUUCCAAUGGAAGCGACAAGGUAAGUGGAAGCUGCCCUUCACCGGCCGCGCGCAUUUUGACUGGAAGCUGGAGGCCUGGGUUGGGCUUUCCGGAGAUUUGCAGACUACUGGAUACGUCUGCGCCUGCGAUGUGGUGUCAGCCAAGUCGGAUGGCAGUGGCGGCAAGUGCCCAUCCUGGAAGGUCAGCAAGGAGAAGCUGUUGAGCGAGGACCCAGCUGAGAAGCACCUUGGAGCCGUCCUUGUCUACUUGGCAGGCAGAAGCAGCAAAUUCUGCCUCGUGCAGUGCGUCUCUGUCGACGAUGACUGCGUCGAGGAGAGGAAGUUUCGAUUCACAACGUUUUCUCUCAAGUAUGACAAGAAUGGUGACCUGACGACUGGCAACACCCGCCGGGUUCGAUACUACAAAGUGCCUGAAGAAACUUGUGGGUCUUCCCUGAUUUAUCCCUUGGCGUUCUGGAUGGUUUGCUGCAGGUGCUGUCUCGAAUUGUUGCCGCAAUUUAUCCAAUGUUGCAAAUUGUUAUACUUCCAGAUGACCGACAUUCAGUGAUUGACGCCGCCUCAAGAUGACAAUGACAGGCCAUUGUGUAAAUCAACAAUGAAAAAUGGGACGCCAUUCCAGCUCAACUAUUUCCAGCUGUGCACAAAUAACAUUGUUCAGGGCGGCAAAGUACGAAAGAUGCAAAAGACACAAUGCUCAUCUCAUGGUGAACCUGUGAGACUAAACUGAGUUAUUGAAAGGUUGUACAGAUUGAAUGCAAUGGGUACUGUUAGACAAAUAGAUAUGCGUAGAUACUUGAUGUAUCUCUCUCUCCCUCCCUCAUUAUGUUGCUAUUGCAACAAACCCUGUAAAUCCGCAGCAGUGAGCUGCUCCUGAACAGUGCUAUCCGGCACAUCUAUAAAGAGCAGAGGGCGUCGCAGCGUUUCAGCUGCGCCAGUCCGAUCCAAUCCAUUUGCUCCAGGUUUUCACAUGGUACUAGAGCCAUAACCUGAUCCAUCAUGUCUUCCGCACAGAACUCUUCCUCCACCAUGGGCUCGGCGGUGUCCAACGCCAUGGCCUCCACCAAUCUGGCUGCUCUGACUGCAGUCAAGCUGGCGAGCGCGAGGAUCAAGGCGGCGCGGGGAGAGAGAGGCGGAGGCGGUCGGGAAGAAGAACAAGAGGCGUCGGGCGCCCGUAGGGCACACGUGGCCGAAGGGAUAAAGAGGAGGAGGGGAAAAAGGCUGGGCCGGCUCGGGCCAGCCUAAAGAAAAGGGGCUCGCUUCUCUUUUUUUCUUUUCCCUUUCUUCUUCUUUCUUUUUAUAUGUAAGUAUGCGG